UGCAUACCCCUUCAUCCAUAUUCACACUAAACUAGAAACAUUCAUCUCCUCCCUCUCUCUUUUUCUAUCUCUCUCUCCAUAACAGAAAAAUGCAGAAGCUCUCUGCGAUCUUAGUGGUGCUGCUCCUAUGCGCAAUUUGCAAUGGUGUUCUCUCUUUCACUGAUGGAAUAUUACCAAAUGGUCAAUUCGAAUAUGGCCCAAAACCUCACCAAAUGAAAGGGACUAAAGUAAUCGAUCCAAAAGCAAUUCCAAAUUGGGAACUCACGGGAUUCGUUGAGUACAUAAAAUCAGGCCAAAAACAAGGUGACAUGUUAUUAGUAGUACCCGAUGGUGCUUACGCAGUGAGACUAGGAGAAGAUGCAUCGAUAAAAACAAAAGUGAAUGUGAAAAAGGGGUUGUUUUAUUCUAUCACAUUUAAUGUUGCUAGAACAUGUGCACAAGAGGAGAAAUUGAACGUUUCGGUGUCACCAAAUUCAGAGCCAAAUGAUUGGGGGAUUUUACCGAUGCAGACGAUGUAUAGUAGCAAUGGUUGGGAUACAUAUGCAUGGGGGUUUUUGGCUGAGGCUAAUGUCAUUGAGAUUGUUAUUCAUAACCCGAGUGUUGAAAAAGAUCCUGCUUGUGGUCCUCUUAUCGAUUCGGUUGCACUAAAGGCUUUGUUCCCACCUAGAAGAACCAACACUAAUAUGUUGAAAAAUGGAGACUUCGAGGAAGGUCCUUUUGUGCUACCUAAGACAGAUGUCGGUGGUGUUUUAAUCCCUCCAAAUAUCGAGGACGACCAUUCCCCACUCCCUGGUUGGAUGAUAGAAUCCUUAAAAGCCGUGAAGUAUUUAGACUCCGAACACUUCGCCAUCCCUAAGGGCAAAAGAGCCGUAGAGUUAAUCGCUGGAAAAGAAAGUGCGAUUGCCCAAGUAGUCAAGACUGUCGCGGGUAAAAACACGCUUAGGGUACCCUACGAAUCAAAAGGCAAGGGUGGGUACAAACAGGCGGUUCUUAAGUUUAGAGCCGUGACUACACGUACCAGAGUCAGGUUUUUUAGUACAUUUUAUCAGAUGAAGACUGACGGGUCUCUCUGUGGUCCAAUUAUCGAUGAUGUUAGAUUGAUUGGCGUCCGAUAUGCUAAACACGCUUGA